AUGCGAUUACGAGUUAUGGUGGAUGAAAAUUUUGGCCCCUAUGGAAAUGUCGAAACGUUUGAAACUCCCCCCGAGCCGAUGUCUGCCUUUGAUCUGCAUAAAGCGAUCAAAUUCGAGGACAUGGAUGCUCUGAAUGCUAUGUUAAAUGAAAGCACUUCCAAAAUAGAACUCACGGAUCAAAUGGAUUAUACGCCCCUAAUGGUAGCUGUUAGUCGAAACAAUAAAGCGAUAAUUCGACUUCUCCUGAGCUAUGGAGCUAACGUCAACACGGCAAAUAAACUUGGCAAGACGGCUUUGAUGUUAGCAUCUAACAAAGGUUACAUUGACAUCGUUGAAAUUUUAAUUAAGAAAGGAGUCGAUGUAAAUGCUCAGGAUAUUCACGGGAUGACAGCCUUAUUCUAUGCGGUAGAUGGAGAAUUCAGCAAUGUGGUGCGUGCGUUGGUGCGCGGCAACGCGAACGUCGACCACUGCGAGGCGGACAACGCGCACACGCCCCUCAUUCGGCUUGCCUGUCUGGCCAACAAUGGGAAUCCCAAGGUGGGAGCUACCCUCAUUGAAUGCGGCGCAAAUGUGAACCAGCAGGACAAAUUCGGCCAGACACCGCUGAUCCACUGCGCUUUUCACCGAAACCACGCAGACUUGGCGAAAGUCCUUCUACAACACGGAGCUGACCUCUCAAUCACAAACAACGUAAGCUACUUCCUCCCGUUAAUUUCUGACUCGGCAUCCUUAACGCUAAUCCUAACAUAA